AUGGCCCUUCUGCUGUCUCUGCUCACAGUCCUGGUGGUGCUCAGCUGUGGCCUCAGUGGAUCUGUGGGCUGUGUCCUACCUCAGAACCACAUCCUGCUCAGCAAUGACAGCUUGGUGCUUUUGAGGCAAAUGAAGAGAAUCUCCACUUUGUCCUGCCCGAAUGACACAGAAGACUUCAGAUUCCCCCGAGGAAUCAUAAAUGGCAUCCAGGUCCAGGAGGCCCAGGCCAUCUCUGUCCUCCAGGGGAUGCUCCAGCACAUCUCUGACCUCUUGCUCACAGAGCACGCCUCCUCUGCCUGGAACACCACCCUCCUGAACCAACUGCGCAUGGGGCUCUAUCAGCAGCUGGAGGACCUGAAGCCCUGUUUGGUGCAGGAGAUGGGAGAGCAAGGCACUGCUCUGUCAUCCCAGGGACCUACACGGGCUGUGAAAAGGUACUUCUGGGGCAUGUUUCUUUACUUGAAAAAGAAGAAAUACAGUGACUGUGCCUGGGAGUAUGUCCGAGUGGAAAUUAUGAGAUCCUUGUCUUCAAUAAUAACCUUGCAAGAAAAGUUAAGUAACAUGGACUGA